AUGGGUAAAAAAGUAAAGAACGAAGCAGAGCCUCCGCCCAAGGAUGUGUUUGAUCCGUUAUUGAUUGAAAGCAAAACAGCAGCAACGGUUGUGCUAAUGCUUAGUUCUCCUGAAGAGAAAGUUUUGGCCCAAGCAUGUGAUGCUCUGUAUAAAUUUGCAUCUAAAGGUGAUGAAAACAAAGGGACACUUCUAGGUCUUGGAGCCGUGGAACAACUGUAUAAACUUAUCUCACAUGAGGAUCCAAUUGUACGCAGAAAUGCCAUCAUGGUGUUUGGCAUCAUGGCUUCUAAUAGUGACGUCAAGAAGUUACUGAGGGAACUGGAUGUCACAAGUUCUCUUAUAUCACAGCUGGCACCAGAAGAAGAUGUAGUUAUCCAUGAAUUUGCUACUCUCUGUCUAGCACAUAUGGCUGUUGAAUAUACUACAAAAGAAAAAAUAUUUGAACACGGUGGAUUAGAACCGCUUAUCAGACUUCUAGGUAGCCCUGAUCCUGAUGUUAAGAAGAAUUCACUUGAGUGUAUCUACCUCCUGGUUCAGGAUUUUCAAAGCCGGGCUGCAGUUCGUGCACUGAAUAUAAUUCCACCCUUGCUGGAACUACUGAAAUCUGAAUACCCAGUUAUUCAGUUGUUAGCACUUAAGACCUUAGAAGUAAUUAGCAACGACAGAGAAACCGGGAUAAUACUGAGAGAAAAUGAAGGAUUAGAUUGUCUUCUGAAGAUACUGGAAAACAAUGAAUUCAUCGAUCUGCAUGUGGAAGCUCUUGCUGUGUUGGGAAAUUGUCUCAAAGAUGUGCACGCUCUGCAACUGAUUCAGCAGACAGGAGGCCUUAAAAAGCUGCUUUCACUUGUAGGAGCCUCUACUGUUCCUGAUAUUCAGAAGAAUGCAGCAAAGGCAAUCACCAAAGCAGCUUAUGACUCUGAAAACAGAAAAAUAUUAAAUGAGGAAGAGGCUGAGAAGUGUCUCAUAAACCUUCUGGAAAUCAGUAACGAUGGACUUAAAGUUACUGCUUGCCAAGCAAUUUCUGCCAUGUGUGAGAAUUUAGCCAGCAAACGUGCGUUUGGACUCCAUGGGAUCCCCCAACUAGUACAGUUGUUAAGCAGUGACAAUGAAGAGGUAAAAGAAGCUGCAGUGACAGCUUUAGCUAAUUUGACAGCAGCCUGUCCUAGUAAUGCAAGGUGA